AUGGCACAGGCGCAAGGGAGCUCAUCAUCAUCCCAGUCUCAAGCAGGUCCCGCGAGAUCCCCUCCGCCUGCAGAGGUCGAGAAGCGCAGCAGGUUCUUCUCGCCAGAGGUUACGUCCUAUUUUAUAGCUGGCGGAUGUGCUGGCGCAGCCUCGCGGACGGUGGUCAGCCCGCUGGAGCGAUUGAAGAUCAUUCAGCAGGUACAGCCAAGAACAUCGGACCAACAAUACAAAGGCGUUUGGCGUAGCCUUGUGCGUAUGUGGACGGAGGAGGGAUUUAAGGGAUUUAUGAGAGGCAAUGGUAUCAACUGCUUAAGGAUUAUACCCUACAGCGCUGUUCAAUUCACGACAUACGAGCAACUCAAGAAGUGGUUUACCAAACACGGAUCCAAAGAGUUGGACACCCCAAAACGUUUGGCGAGCGGUGCAUUGGCUGGGAUCACUUCUGUCUGCUCAACAUACCCACUCGACCUUGUCCGGUCUCGGCUGUCAAUAGCCACUGCAUCUCUACAAGCGGUACCGAAAGCAUCAACGGCAGCACCCUCGUCGGCCUUGAGCAGCGCGCUCGCAUCGGCGUACCACACCUCCGCUCCCUCCGGCAUGGCGUACACGAAGUCGGAGCUGACCAUUUGGGGCAUGACCCUCAAGAUCAUGCGCGAAGAAGGCGGGGUCAGGGGCCUGUAUCGGGGCCUGGUGACCACCGCUGUGGGGGUCGCUCCCUACGUCGGGAUAAACUUCGCUGCUUACGAGUUCUUGCGAGGAAUCGUCACGCCUCCAGGAAAGAGCAGCGUCGCCCGCAAACUGAUGUGUGGGGCAUUAGCAGGCUCGAUAUCCCAGACCCUGACAUAUCCCUUCGACGUCCUGAGAAGGAAGAUGCAAGUCACCGGCAUGGCAUCAAAUGCACUUGGCAUCAAGUACAACGGUGCUUUGGAUGCGUUGGCAAGCAUAGUACGCACGGAAGGUGUCAAGGGCCUUUAUCGUGGUCUCUGGCCCAAUCUCCUCAAGGUCGCCCCUAGCAUCGCUACUUCUUUUUUCACAUACGAGCUGGCAAGUCAUCCGUUACUGCUCUCCCAAGCUAAAUACGGCGAAACUAACGGCUUAUCGCGCGCAGGUUAA